AUGAAUAAAUUUCAACAAUUUGAAAUUACUGUUGCUGAAUUAAAUCAACUCAAUAGUCCUGAAGGGAUCUUUCUUGAUAAUGAUAAUUCAAUUUAUAUUGCUGAUUCUAACAAUCAUUGUAUUGUUAAAUGGAAAUUGAAUUUAAAUACUGGUCAAAUCAUUGCAGGUAGAAAUAUUUAUUGUCGAGGUCUGACAACCGAUAAAAAUGGAUUUAUUUAUGCUUCUGAUUGCGAGAAUAAUGAAGUAAAACGAUGGAAACAGGGAGAUAAAAAAGGUAAAUUAGUUACAGGUGGAAAUAAUCAAAAUUGA